AUGCAGACCCGUCGCUCCUCCUCAGCUCUGGCUGUGAGUGGAGAGGUGUCGCUUUCUUUCCAGGAUGAACUGGCUGCCACCAUUCACCGAGCUUUCGAGGUGGCGGUGGAGAUCGCGGUGGUGGAGGUGACCAAGUUAGUUGGUCAGGCGCUGGUAGAUGUUCGAGAUCAGAUGAAGGAAACUCUUAAAGAGAACAGUUUAUUAAAAACUCGCCUCCAGUCCGCACAAAACGAACUGGACACUGUGAGAAGAGUAAAAAGAGCCAAAAGCGCAUCCUCACCGGAGGACGAUCACUGCCAUAGCGGCUUUAUUCAGCCCAAGUUUCAGAGUCCAUCCACGACCACAGCUAAAACAGAUCAAUCUACUCAUAAUAAAGAAGAAACGCCCAAGUACGAUGGUAGUACAGCUGAGAGAAAAGACGAAUCCUUCUGUGAAAUACGUGAAGAUGGAAGCGUUCAAUCACGUGAACUUAUCACAGCUACUAUUACUACUCAGUGCCAUGAUGUCGAGUCAGGUCUGACACAGCAGAAUGCACAUCACAGCCUAGAAACACAAGUGACCCAGAAUCAGUCACUUGUUCUCCUGAAAGAGCAGCCAGUCUGCAAAAAGGAAGAGAGCCCAGAACCACAGCCGGGUUCUUUUGGAGGAGAAGGAAAUGAAGAUAAAAACGAAGUAGAUCUGAGGCCGAGCUGCAGCUUUAACUCUGUGCCUGAUGAGGGGUUUGAGCCAGACAGACUGUCUUUGGUUCAGUCUAAACUGCUGGAAGACUGGCGACCUGAUCCAGAGGCACCACGAAGCCAUAAAACGGAGUCUAUGGAUAUUGAUCCUAGCCAAAAUAUAGAUUCUCCAGACAUGUCGUCCUCACAUGCUAGUGUUCCUCCAGGCUUUUCACCCUCCUUCGAUGGCCUUUUCCAGUCAGUAGCCAGAACUCAACUUGCUGCUGCUCCUCAAAACAACACUGCCCAGAUGAGAGCGAACGUCCAUGCUAGGAUUCACCAGUGUAAAAUCUGCGGCCAUUCAUUUUGUCGGGCAAGCGACCUGCGCAGACAUCACAGUCACCGCCACAGAGUGAGGUCUAACACGGGAAAAGCAGCUGGUGCAGGAAGGCCGGUCAAACAGCAACUGUUUCCUCCAGGGUGUAGUCCUUAUCACUGCAACGAAUGUGGUCGGGACUUCAAUCGCAUGGAGAAUUUAAAGACACAUUUGCGCAUACAUACAGGGGAACGUCCGUACUCCUGCUCCGUGUGUGGAGUACAGUUCCGGCACUCAGGGGCACUCACGCGCCACUUUCGUAUCCACACAGGAGAAAAGCCCUACGCAUGCGGGCAGUGUGGCAAGCGUUUUCGGAACUGUGGUGGACUACGCUUUCACCAGAAGUCGCACACCAGAGAAAGACACAUGGCUACGAAUUACAGUUAAAGAAGAAAUUUACAUUUACAUUGUCCAAAGCAACUUACAGUACUGUGACAGUUUACAGUCUGAGCAAUUGAAGGUUAAAGGCCUUGCUCAAGGGCCCAACAGUAGCAAUCUGGCAGUGGUGGGGCUUGAACCAGCAGCCUUCUGAUUACUAGUCCAUUACCUUAACCACUAGGCUACAACUGCAAAAAAAUGAUGGUGUAGUGUUGGUGUUUGUAAAGUUUGUGUAACGUGGUGGGAAUUUAAGCCAGGCACUUGGAGUUGGUGCAGGGUUUUGGUAAUAAUGGUUACAUAUUUUAAGUAUAUGCUGCAAAUGUAAUGUUACAAGGGUUUUAGGCAUGAAUUUAUACAAGACUGACAUGCAUUUUCUAAAAUAUUUGUGUUCUAAUAAAAGACAGAA